AUGCGCAGCUUUGAUCAUCAGGACAAAUCAACUUUUUUGUCCGGCCGGAGGAAGAAACCUCUCCGUCCCAUCAUUUCACCCUCAAUUAUGGUGGCAGACCCAACACAACUUCUGUUGGAAGCCCUGCACGUGUUGUCUCCCGAGGGCGGUGCUGU